AUACUUCAUCUACUCGUAGAGAUGAUGAUGCCGACCCUUGAUACAUAUUGUAGAUUGUGUCACUUGACAGCUAGGAGUGAUGUCUACAGCUUCGGGGCAUGGAGGCAGGGCUUAUGCUUUGUGAUUGCCAGCUUGUCCCAGGAUCACUACAGAUUGGCAUUUAUGGACGACUUUUUGAAACUACAGAUGGUUUUUCUUGGCCAUGACCGAGCACUUCUAUAAUUUUCGAAGUCCUGUGCAUAGCCAUACAAAUUCAUCUGCAUCUGCCUUUAUAAAGUCUGAUAACAAGGAUGUUUUUGCUGGGGAGUCAAUUAUUAGGGGUGAAUUCGGACAUUCUCUUGGUACCAGUGCCACCGCCCAAAAAUGCGGCGCUCAGAGGUGCUCUCCUGGUUCUGUGGAAUCGUGUGUGUGUGAAGGAGAUGGAAUUAAGACUCCACUCCAAGCUGAACGGCGAAUUACUGGGAAUCUCAUAGCCCGGAGUUCUCCAGAUAUGUACAGUUUGGAGGAUCUGAUGGAUUUGGAUGCCAAACCUCCUGCUUUGGUUAGUUCAGACAGCAGUGCUGAAGUGCCUCCUUGCAGAGAUCAUGUUCCGUAUAAUAGCUUUGUUCCCAAGUGUAGGGAUGGAAUGAAAUUUUCUGUAGAUAGAGAUGAUGACGAAAAUUCCUCAGGGUGCACUAAUUCUAGCACCAUCACCAAUAAUGCCUGUAAGGCACCAUGUAUAGGAGACCGUAGGAUAAAGAAGCUGUUGGCAUCUAAGUACUGGAAAGCUGCUCCAACUAUGUCGACGGAUGGGGAGCUUUCCAACACUGAUGUAGAAAUGAAGCCAUUUUUCCGCAGCAGGAGAAUGUCUUGCACACGUCAAAGAACUCAAAGGAGUUCAUUCAAGAGGAGGAAGUUGUUCGAGCGCUGCUCGAUGUCAGCAUCUGAUGGAGGGAUCUUUCGUGAAGGUAUAUCUAACCCACCUGGAAAGGGUGGUAUCAAAGUAGAAGCAAGUGAUUCACCAGUAACUUUACAUGGAGCGAAUGGUGCAUUAUCCUCAGCAACAGGUCAAAAAUCAUCAUGUGAAUCAGGAGAUUACCAAGUGAAACUUAGCAUCAAGUCCUUCAAGGUGCCAGAACUUUUUGUUGAGAUUCCUCAAAAUGCUACUGUUGGUUCCUUGAAGUCGCAAGAAUUCUUUCAAUAUCUUUUAGAAUGUUUAAUGACAAUACUCGCCCGAGCAAGGAGCAGAGCAGAGCUUAAGAAGACUCCGGUCUGUGGACAAGACUCGCCCGAGCAAGGAGCAGAGCUUGGUUGACUGGGCUCGCCCCAAGCUUAAUGACAAUAUUGUAGAGAUGAUGAUGCCGACCCUUGAUACAUAUUGUAGAUUGUGUACGUAGGAAUUUGACUUGUAUGUUUUUAGAAUGUUUUGAAGUACAAUGUAAUCAAAUAUGAUAAUAUGAAUGUAAUCAAAGUUCUUGUUUGUG